AGGCCCGCGCGCAGAUCUCCGGCCCGACGGAGAAAUACCUCAAGCCGGGGUCAACGCUGCGGUUGCAGUGCUCGGUUGUGCAGACCACGGAAGCGCCAGCUUUUGUUUUCUGGUACCACAACAGUAGAAUGAUAAACUACGACGUGGAAAAUGGCGUCAACGUGACUACAGACCCUGCUCAGAGGCUAUCCGACUUGUUAAUACCUGCGGCCACGGCGCUGCAUGCUGGCAACUACACCUGUGUCCCGAAUAAUGCUGUCCCGGCUAGCAUAUACGUCCAUAUAUUUAAUG